CAGUAGAUUCAGAAUGGAAGAGAAGUACGAUUCUGUUCUUUUGAGUAUUCUUCAAAAUGAGGGAGAGAUCGUUAAUUUCCUUGAUGUCAUACUGGGAUUCUUAUACAGAAAAACAGACUUCUAUAAAAUUCUAAGAAGCAGAUCUGAUAAAAUGGGUUUUCCACCAGGAGUUGCCAAGAAGAUUUUGUUGACUGAAUUUGACAAAUUUGAGAAACAUGCAAAAGAAAAUGAUCCAACUCAACAAGCCAAAAAGACUUCAUCUUCUAAAGUAUCAGACAGUCCAUCUCCAAAACAGACAGCUACAACUAAGACUGAGCAGGAAGCGAUGAAAGUGAAACCAAAUGAUGAGAUGAAACCAUCACCACUGGCCACAACUACACAUUCCGAGAAUGCCGGGGCUGAAAAGAAAGAAGAUUCCACCGAGACGCUGAAGCAGAAUGAUAAAGUCCAUGCAGCACCGGUUUCCAAGUCGAAUUCGGCUUCCAGUUCUGACACAACAUCAGCCUCCACUUCAGAUUCAAAUGUCAAGCAGGACGAGGAUGAAAAUCCAGAACUUACAAGACAGCAGAAGAUCUUUCAAGACAACCCAGAGAGUUACAAUGGUGCCAUACGAGAAAAUUACUCUUGGUCACAGCACAUUCUUGAAGUCGAUGCAUAUAUCAAGAUUCCCCCCUACAUCAAGAAGGGUAAAGAUGUUACGGUGACAGUUAGCAAGUGUCACCUGAAGGUUGAUUACAUGAGUGACACGGGCGAGUUUGUCACGGUUGUGGAUGGAAGCUCUCCUUGGGAGGUGAACAAGGAGGAGAGUAUCUGGAGUCUCGUGCCAGGUCUUCACGUUCACGUGAGCAUGGAGAAGAAAGAGGAGCGGUGGUGGGACUCUCUGUUCACGGAUGAGCCAAAGAUCAGUGUGAGGAAGAUAGACGCCAGCCGACCCAUGACCGACCUCGACGACGAGGCACAGGCUAAGAUUGAGGAAAUGAUGUACAAUGAACACAGAAAGAGGCUCGGCUUGCCACAGUCGCAUGAAGAGAAAAUGUAUGAAACAAUGAAGAGAGCCUGGGAUGCUGAAGGUUCUCCUUUCAAAGGCCAGCCAUUCGAUCCGUCUGCUUUCAGUGUGAAUCCCAGUGGAAUUGUGACAAUCAACAACAAGGACUCGUGACAUGCACCUUCAGAUGAACAAUAGGUCUAUGCAACACCUAAUGUUCUUCAUAAAACGUUCAUAGCAUGGAAUUAAGGAUUGGACUUUAAAGCUGGACUUAAUGCACAAAUUCCCUGCCAUUGAUUUGGUGUUCAAGGCUCUUUUUUUUUUCAAAUUUUGAUUUUGAUUUGAUGCUAACUAUUUUAAUUAAACUUAAAAUCAUAUGCCACCCACAUAGCUGAAGUUUUUGUUCUUGACACCAUGUUUGAAUCAAUUAUUACAGGUAUUUUCAAUUUCAAUAAGACUUCUAUAUUCAAAGUAAUUAUUGUGUAUUAACAUUACAGGUAUUUGAAGUUUCAGUGUUUCUUUACUCGAAGAAGUAAUAUUGAAAUUUAAACCAAGUUUAAUGAACUUUUUAAGUAAAUUAAGAAACUGUACCUUCCUUACAAUUACAGAUACUUGAACAUUUUCAUUAACUCAAGGUUCUUUAAUUGCCCAAUAACACUGAACAAUUUAAAUAAUUCUUUAUUUGUUCUUUUUAUGUCUGACAUAAUAUAUUGAUUAUUUAUACUGUUCAUGUUAUAAGUAGACAAAUUUAUGUUUGGACAAAAUCUAAAUAAAAUUACAAACCAAAUGGUUACAAGCAAGCAUCAGAUCAGCCAGUGGACAUCUACAUGGCUAGAUCUGGCCCUCGCUAACAUUUUUAAAACAAUUGGUGAAUUUUAUCUUAAUCUGGCAAAAUAAUUUCAUGUAAUAUUUUAAAAAAUCUGCUGAAAAAGAACAGAUUUCUGAAGUUCAUUAGAUAAUUUGCUGAAAUGUUCUGCUUGCCCACAGCUAUCCCUGUUGUAUCCAAUUGAUGAAGGUUUCAUAAGUUUUUGCUGAAGAUCGGAUCAGUUGGGGAAAGUAAUGGGAGAAGUGGGGUCUGAUUUUUAGUCCCCUACCAGACCAACUGGAGGGGACUAUAGGUUUUGUCUCCGUCUGUCUGCCUGUCUGUCCCACAUAUAGUUUUUUUUCACAAUGCCUCAAGAUCAAGUUUGACUUUCAUGGCGAUUUACCCAUUUUUGGUAAGAGUUAUGUCUCAUGCACUUAGGAGAAAGAAAACUUUGUUGGGCCCAGUUGAGGACAUGUAUUGCUUUAGCAGUACUCUCAGAAUGCUCUUUUUGACAGGAGUUUUGUUGUUGCAUGUUUGUUUGAGAAUGUACAGAGUUGGUCUCACAAGAGUGCAGGAGAAAGGGUCCAGAUACACGAGUGUGUUGUGAAAUACACGACUUUUUUUUUUUUUUUUUUUUUUUUUUUUUUUUUUUUUUUUUUGUCUUGUGUCAUAUUCUGAAUUGUAUGCAAGUUUUGUUUGUUUUUUUUACUUUUUAUCUCUUUGUUGUUGAGCUUCUUGAAAUGAGUUCUAUUGUUAUACUAAAUUUGCCAAUAAAAAAUAUUUUUAAA